CAUUUGGCUUCCUUGGCAACAUAAACAAAAAACUUUAUCUUGACCAGAAAAGAACGAAUUUCUCAGGUCUCAACCAUGCCUGAUGUGGAACCGCCUCUGACUGCAAGCAGUCAAAAAAGUGAAAAGUCUGAGAGGGCCGACGAUGACAAACAGAGUGUAAAGAGUGGGAAAAGUGGGAAGAGUCCAGGUGGAUCAAGGGCAGGGUCUGCCAAGUCUGGGAAAAGUGCCAGGAGUACGGCAAGCACAACGAAAACAAAAUCUGGAGCAGCCUCGCCAGCCCCGUCUAUUCAUGAUGAUCCAAUUGGAGAUAUGCGGAAUAUGCGAAGGAUCAUUGCUGAAGAUCCUGAAUGGUCCCUAGCUACGGUUCCUCUUCUGUCAGACUUGUGCAUCAAACAUGUGGUUGGUAACUUUGAGUUCAACUCCAAGAUUUUGAAUGACCUCCUCCUCAAACACAAGACAAAGGUCCUUGAAAGAAUAGCCACAUGCUUGCCUCUGAAAGUCACAGCGCUAUUGGUUGAAGAUGAGGGGUAUUGGAAACGGUGCUGUAAAGCUCGCUGGGAUAUCUGUGAUGUGUCUGCCUAUGGUGACAGUUGGAAGCGAAUGUACUUUGAACGAAACCUUGAAAAUAUCAUCGAACACUUUGUGCCAGAGCAAACAAAUGACACAGAACUGAAAGAAGUUUUACCUCUUUCCGCAAAUUAUGUGCAGAGACUGAAUAUAAAGCAGUUGCUGCCCCCAGUAAAGGAGGUAAAGGGACUUGAGGAUGACACCUCAGAUGCUGGGAGUGAUGCUGGUGAUGGUCCAGAGACGGAUCACUUUGACUUUGCGACAGUUUUACAGGGAUUACCAAACCUUGUUGAGUUUCGAGUUACAUAUGGUGUCAAGGACUGCGGUAUGAACUUUGAAUGGAACCUGUUUCAGUUUACAGCUCGAGACUGCUUGCUCUUAGCCAAAUGCAUCGCGAAUUGCAAACAGUUGAAAGUGUUUCAGCUUCAUCGGAGUAAAGUGGACGAUGAUAAAGUACGAGUGCUCAUCAGUCAUAUUCUGGACCAUCCCGGCCUCGAGGAGCUUGAUCUAUCCCAUAAUGUCAUCAGCGAUCGUGGUGCACGUGCCAUUGGAAAAUUCUUGAACAAUCAUAGUAAGCUAGUGAAACUCAAUGUCUGUGAUAAUCAAGUGCGUGCUGCUGGAGCCAUGGCGAUUGCCCACGCUUUGACAAAGAAUUCGACACUGGAGACCCUGAACCUGCGUCUGAAUCGCUUGGGUGACGAGGGUGGGCAGGCCAUCUGCCGAGCCCUCCUGAAGAACAGCACCCUGAAGGAGAUCAACCUUGGUAGCAAUGAUAUGACAGAGCCUACAGCCGCUAUACUCUCACAAGUAAUCACUCAGAACCAAACCAUUACGUCGCUGGAUCUGUCAUGUAACAGACCUGGACCGGAUGGAGGUAAGCAACUUCAAGAGGGCAUGGAAGAGAACACGACAAUUGUGACCAUGGAUCUCCGUCUUACCGAAUGUGGGCAAGAGUCUGAAUACUGCAUCAACCAAAUCUUAGCCAAGAACCAGGAUAGGGCAAGAGAAGCUGCUUUGAAUGAGCAGAAUGCAAAAAGAUAAAGAAGCUGCUUUCAUAAAAGAAAUAAAAAGAGCAAAUGAAACAUGAAUUGAUAUAUUGAUGCUGAAAGGACUUGAUGCUUAAGUUUCUCCUUACAUGUUUAAAAAGGAGGACUUAACAUUUCCCAUCCUGGAUUCUUGCAGAUUAAGUGGUAUCACCCUGCUUAUUUUUUUCAACUUGAUUGUGAUAAAUUUUUAAUUGUUAUAUAAGUUUGUAAUUCAAUCUACUUUAUGCUGAUUCAUUUCUGUCCUGACGUGUAUUCUUCCAUUCAAAUUCCGUUCUUGGAAAGAUCUUCAUCACUGCUGUGAAGUUUUCCGUAGGAUGUUUUAAGCCUGCUGCCUAAAUGCAUAGUAAAUAUAUAUUUGGAUGCAGAUCGUUUUGUGUAAGCUAUAUAGCUUGCAAGAGCAUUCAGUGCAGGGACUAAAAGUAAGAUGCCGUCCACUUUUUAGGCCUACACUACAUACAUGCAAUGUUCAUUAUUGUUAAACCGUUCAAUAAAAUGUGUACAGAAAGACAUUUUUAUGGGCUCCUGCUGAAAACCUACUGCUGAGACUUGUGGUUUCUUUCCAUAUUCUACAACAGAUAAUUAUUGAAGAGAACUGCUGAUGACAAAAACUUUAUGUUUGCGGUCAUUGGACUCUGAAUGUUGACCUUUCUUCAGGCUUAGUUUUUUUCUUUGAUAUAUGUUUAACUACUUCACUAUUACAUUUGUCUAGUAAACUUUUGCUGUAAUAUUGAUAUAAGUCUGCUGGUUUGUACACUAGUUCUAAACUGUGUCCUAUAGUCUAAGGUAUAAGACUGAAUAAAAUGUGUAUUUUGCAAA